AUGGUUUACAAGAAGAACAUGUCUUCAGCAUCGGACGCUGGUGAGGGUCUGCCGGCACUGUCUCCCAGUGAGUUUCGAACUUACAACCGCAUGUCAGAGCAAAUGGAAGCAUUUCAUAGUCAUUUCCGUUUAACAUGGAACCAACUCUGGGAGGCUUGUAACAAUACUGGAAAGCGACCUAGUGGUCUGUCAGCUCGUCAGAUGAUCAUGAUGGGCCUGCAGUUCUGCUCGCAGUUGGACUUCCACCAUUCCAUUGAGGAACAACAUAUUUUUCCAGUGCUCGCCAAGAAGAUGCCGGAAUUCCGGAAAGAACUCGAGCUGUUGAGCCAGCACAGACAGAUCCAUGCCGGUCUCGAAAAGCUUGAGAAGUACCUCGGAGAUUGUCGCUCUGGUGAGGAAGAUAUGCGCCGUGAAGAGGUGAAGCGGUUGAUGGAAGGAUUUGGAGAGGUCCUAUGGACGCACUUGGAUCAGGAGGUACAGAUUCUACGUGCAGAGAACAUGCGCAAAUUCUGGUCACUGGAGGAGAUGCGUCGACUGCCUAUGUGA